AGGAUAAAGUGGCUAGAGAUAAUGAGAUGAGAUGAACAUCUGAUCAUCACACUCAAAUGUGGGCCUUCACCAAGCUGUUUCCACAAAGUUUGACACAAACAUAUGUAUGCUGUAGCAUUAUAAUUUCCCUUCAUUGGAUCUGGGUGGGGUGGGUGGUUGUAUAGUGGUUAGCACUGUCGCCUCACAAUAAGAAGGUUGUGGGGUUCAAACCUUGCAGUUGAUUGAGGCUUUUCUGUAUUGAGUUGCCUGUGUGGGUUUCCUCCAGGUGCUCUGGUUUCCUCCCACAGCCCACGGACAUGUGAAUUAGGUCACAUAGGUGUGAACGUGAGUGUGAAUGGUUGUUUGUCUCUACGUUAGGCCUGUGAUUAAUUGGCAACCUGCCCUGGGUGUCCCCUGCCUCUCACUGGGAUUGACUCCAGCUUCCCCCGCAACCUUGACAGAUAAGUCAUGGAUGGAUUGAACGAAGAAGCCUAAACCUGUUCCAGCAUGACAACGCCCCUGUGCACAAAGCGUCAUCCAUGAAAACAUGGCUCGCUAAGUUUGGAGUGGAAGACCGCGACCUGCUAAACUCAACCCCACUGAACUAUCUCUCGACUGCGUUUUUGCCCAACAUUAGUGCCUAACCUCACUAAUUAAUGCAAGCUAGAUAAACAUUCAUGCAGUCAGUAUUCAGGAUUGAAAACCAUAAUGGUGUAAACUGUAGUUGAUGUGUGCACUGAAUAGACAGUAAACAGAUGCUUGCAGACCUGGAGGAGGACUACAGGGUUUAGAGCAUCACUUGGAACAGGGCUGGAGUUUUCUCUUAUAUUAUUGUAGUCUAUACACUCACCGGUGACUUUAUUAGGUACAUCCACACACCUGUAGUUUGAUGCAGUUCUCUAAUCAGCCGAUCCCUUGCCCUCAGCGCAAUUCAUCAAAUCAUGCAGAUACAAAUCAAGAGCUUCGGUUAAUGUUCACAGUGUUCAAACAUCAGAAUGGGAAAAAUUGUGAUCUCAAAGUGUGACUUGAUCUCAGUUAACAGAUGAAUGACUUCAUGUGCAUCAAGGGCACAACAAUGCAGUUGGGCUUUCAGUGAAAUGCCCAAACCAGAGUGGGCCACCAGGUCUUCACAUUGGCAUCAGCUGGAUGUUGUACUUACAAGAAGAGGUAACCUGAACACAGUAAGCCACUAGGUCCUACCAUAGUGCAGACUGUGACACUGAUCAUGCCCUAGUCAUCUCCAAAACAAAGAUCAUAAAGAAGAAGUUCCACUCUGCAAAGCAGCCAAAGAUCCCGAGACUCAACACUGUCAACAUGCGUGACCUAGCACGACGCCAAGAGUUUGCCUCAAAGCUCAAGGACCACUUGGUGAGUCAACAACCAACAACACAGUCUCCUGACGAGAAAUGGGAAGAACUGUGCACUGCCAUGUAUGAAACAGCCAUGGACACCUUUGGUGAAAGGCAGAAGAUGCGUGAGAAUUGGAUGGAGAAGUAUGCUGAUGUACUGCUUCCUCUCUUGGAGGAGAAGCGAAAAGCCCUGAUAGCCUACAACUCUUCAUCCAUGCAGUCACAUUCUGACCGACUUAAGUUCACCAAAAGCAAACUGCAAAUAGAAUCCUGUAGAUGUGCCAGUGUGUACUGGACCAAGCUCUGCUCAGACAUUCAGAUCGCCAUGGACAGAGGAGACAUGAAAACAAGGUUUGAAAAGAUCAAGUUUGCUGUUGGACCAAGCAAGAGCAAAGUGGCUCCCAUUAAGUCUAAAACUGGUGAACUCAUAGUGGACAAGAAGAAGCAGCUAGAGCGCUGGGUAGAACACUACUCGGACCUCUACUCAGUGGAACGCCAUUUUGAAGACCACGUACCAUUGAUCUCUCUCUCAGAGAUGUCUGAACUCGAUACCAUGCCAACCAUAGAGGAGUUGAGCAAAGGAAUAGACCAACUCACCUGUGGCAAAGCCCCAGGUACUGAUGCCAUACCUGCUGAAUUGCUUAAACUGAACAAAGCGGCCAUCCUGCCACACUUAUAUCAACUUCUGAUUCUGUGUUGGCAAGAAGAAACCAUCAGCUCUGAAGGACGCCAACAUCAUUACUCUCUACAAGCAGAAGAGCGAUAA